AUGCGCCUGCUUACAAUCUCUCUGUUCUGUCUUUUAGUGCGGUUUAAUUUAACCGCUAUUCUUAAUCUUCGACCAAGACAGGUUGUUAAUUCAAUAGGCCUCGGCUAUCGAUUUGGCGGUCAUGGAUCUCAUUCCGCAGAAGAAAGUGACCAUUUCAAAUUAUUGGAAGCUGAUGGUGAUUCAUUGCUCGUGGGCGCUCGAAACGCUGUCUAUAACCUGUCACUAACAACGCUUAGUGUUCAUCACAAAAUCGACUGGAAACCACCAGCUGAUGUGAUUGAAGAGUGUUUGAUGAAGGGAAAAUUGAAGAGUGACUGCCAGAAUUAUAUUCGUGUACUGGCAAGGCAGACCGCUGGGAAAGCGUUGAUCUGCGGAACUCAUGCGUUUUCGCCAAAGUGUCGGGAGUAUGUCUAUUCUGGCGCUGACGGCACUUUGAAAAAUACCCGACAAUUUGAUGGACAGGGCAUAUCACCCUAUGAUCCACGUGAUAACUCGACGGUUGUAUAUCUUCCGGAGACACAUGAGAUCUACACAGGAACGGUGUCCGACUUUGUCGGAAACGAUCCAUUGAUCUACCGUAAACGAAUCGGUGAGAAUGACAGAGAUAAUGGAAUAAGAACGCAAAGAGAUGAUGCUCGAGUGCUUGACACACCUAACUUCGUUGGCUCGUUUGUGUACAAGGAACACGUUUACUAUUGGUACAGAGAACGAGCUGCAGAAGCGAUGGAUAACAACGAGGAGCGUCAGAUCUACGCCCGAGUGGCUAGAGUUUGUAGAAACGAUAAGGGAGGUGCAAGACCAGCGAAUGAGCGGUGGACGUCCUUCAUGAAAGCGCGAUUGAACUGCUCGUUGUCAUCAGCGACACCGUUUUAUUUUAACGAACUAAAAGCUGUGUCUGAUCCGAUAGCCACCUCAGUCAAUGACCACAGAGUCUACGCGGUUUUCUCCACACCUGACUCUGAUGUCCGAAUGAGCGCCGUUUGUGCGUUUUCUAUGAAGCGUAUCAGGGAAGAAUUCGACUACGGGACCUUUAAACAACAGCGCACUGUAAACUCCCUCUGGGUACCGUACAAUCGUAACGAAAUCCCGAGACCACGACCAGGAGCUUGCGUACCGGAUUCGACGAAGCUGCCUGAAGCUACUGUAUCCUUCAUUGCGAGGACACCUUUAAUGCACAGAGCUAUAGAAUCGGUAAACGGACCGAUGCUUAUAGAGGGUGCAGACAGAGCGGAUCUCACACAGAUUGCCGUUUUACCGCAUGUGGAUUCUGUGAAUGGCCAACACUACGACAUAAUCUACCUCGGUACAUCGGAUGGUCGAGUUUUAAAACUAAUAGAAACUGUAGGCAACACUACAGUAAUCGAAUCGGUGACGGUAUUCUCGAGGACGAUACCUGUGGUGAAUCUGUUGACCACACCACGGCAACUGGUUGUCGUUUCUUCUGAUGAAGUGGCGACAGUCGAUGUCCACCAUUGCAACGAACCCGACUCCUGCAACCGAUGCGUUGCGCUGCAAGACCCACACUGCGCCUGGGACCUAACCAUUGCAAGAUGUGUGAAUAGAAAUUCUUGGAGUGGCGGUCAUUUCAUACAAAACAUUGUCUUUGGACAAUCCGAACAAUGUCCAGAAGGGAUAGUGAUCUCUGAAGAACUGAGCGAUGAGCCGAAUUCCGAACGAGUAGUAGAAAAUAGGCGUGGAAUGCAUUCACCAGAAAGCUUGUUCUUAGCAUGUGGACUAUCGGCGCUAAUUGCUCUGGUGAUAGGAUCAUUUGUUACGUAUCGUGUCACACGAGCUCGCGUACUUGCCGAAGCUCAUCACUCGGCGAGUUCAACGAGCGGCUCCGACUAUGACAGUUUUGGGCGAGCACGACUGACUCGACACGAUUCGUUGACGACGGCAGCGAAAAUUGAGCAUGUCUAUGGAGGACCGCCGAAAACGAGUGUGGACGCUUCAUCACUUGUGCUAACGAUGCCACCGGCGAUGUCGAUAAGUCAACACGGUUCCGGCGUAAACACACCAUCUCGCGAUAAAAAUGCUAUUAUGACAUCUAUCAAUCAGAAUACGCUACCACGUGACUACAAGGUGAAAAAGGUGUACUUGUAG